GUGGUAUAAAUACCCGGAGAAGGUCCGCCCCCUCUGUGAUUCAGGUUUGGACCUUUUGCAGGUUCCCCGGCGCUCACUCUGACAACAACGGGGGACUAUAUUCGUUAGUUUGCAAUAUUAAAAAAAAAAAUCAAAACCUGGGAAACAUAUGGAAAUAGCGCAAAAACAAGAGGGACAUCUCUCUCCGAAGGCGACACGUGCUCCUUCCUUUCCUCUCCUCUCCCCCCUCCUCAUAUGAGUUGUUGAAGAGGGAGGGCAGGGCAGCUUGUGCAUCUCAUCGUCUUCCUGAUCUGGCGUCGGAGGGGCACCAAGCCGCGGUGUGUGUGAGAGAGUGUGAGCCAUGACUCUGAGCUCCGAGAUGUCGGAUGCCUCCAUCCUGUCCGAAGAGACCGACAUAGACGUGGUCGGCGAAGGGGAGGAUGGGGACAACCACACGCGCUCCUACGUGGACGAGGUGGCACAGAUGCACGAUGGCAUCCUCCUCGCCGGCUCACCUCCUCCUCCGUGCCUGGACGGCUCCACCUCCUCGAGGGAUACCUACAAGCCGGCGGGCAAGAACACCCUGGUGAAGCCCCCUUACUCCUACAUCGCCUUAAUCACCAUGGCCAUCCUGCAGAGCCCCAAGAAGAGGCUCACCCUCAGCGAGAUCUGCGACUUCAUCAGCAACCGCUUCCCUUACUACAGGGAGAAGUUCCCAGCGUGGCAGAACUCCAUCCGACACAACUUGUCCCUCAAUGACUGCUUCGUGAAGAUACCGAGGGAGCCGGGGAACCCUGGGAAAGGCAACUACUGGACCUUGGACCCGGAGUCCGCAGAUAUGUUUGACAAUGGGAGUUUUCUGAGGCGCAGGAAACGCUUCAAGAGGCAGCAGGCGCAGGACUUGCUGCGGGAGCACAACAGCUUUAUCCCGGCCGCUGCUGCCGCGUACGGUUACGCACCGUACGGCUGUGGAGGAUACGGCAUCCAGCUCCAGUCCUACCACACACACUCUGCACUUUUUGCUUUCCAGCAGCAGCAGCAGCACUCCAGACAUUCACACUCACACACAGGGACCAUUAUACCCGCUCCAUCUUUGAUGCCCACUACCACGGACUUAGCCCGGACUAGAUUUUACCCCCAGCUGACACCUGGUUUGGGCUCAGCGAGCGUGCAGGCUGCAGCCCCGGUGCAGAAAUCCAGCUCCCCUGUGCAGCGUUCCCCUUUCUCCAUAGAGAGUAUCAUCGGUGGGUCUCUGAGCCCGUCAAGGACUUCUUCUCCUGUUGUUGUCCCAGUCUUACCCUCCUCUCUGGGGGCUCCAGCUGCCAACCAGCACCCUGGAGCGGUUUUGCACCCAGUUGAAAACUUUCCUAACAGAGUUGGAAGCGGCUCCAGUGGGUGUUAAAUGUCAAAAAACACCAGUGCAGCUUCUCCCUUCUCAAUAUGAGACCAGCACCUCUGCAUGGGCUCUGAGCGCCUCUAUAGCCCAGGACUCCUCGGGUCGAUGCCCCAGGUCUUACCGUGCUCUUUGGGGGCCUAACCAGGAGCGGUUUUUUGUUACACCCGGUUGAAAACUUUCCCAGAACGCUUCUUGCGGGUGUAAAAUGUCUUAACAAGAAAACUUUUAACAGCAACAAAACAAAAAACGCCCCUCUUUGAAGGUAGGAUUAUUUUUGUACGUUUAUUUGCUAGCACGCAGCUGAAUGAUGGACAUAAACAAACACUAUUUGUGCCUAUAUAUUCAUGCUGUUUAAAAAGUAUAUUUAUGUUCAUUUUUUUUGGUGUGAAUCAGACUUUUUAAAAACCACCACCAACUUGUCCCUGUUUUCCCCAUGAAGUAAAUUCAGUCACUGUUUAGGGCGUCUCAGGAUAACGACUUUAAUGGACAGGUUAUAAAUGAUCACGUGUUUAAAAAUAGGCUAAUAAUGUAUUUGUGUCAAACACAUCCAUGUUUUUUUUUUAUUAUUAUUAUUAGUUUGGCAAAUCAAAACCAUUUUUAACGGUUUUGAUUUGAACUUUGUAUUAAAGACACAGAGAGCAAAGUCAUACAUUUAUAAAAAUAAUAAUAAUAUGCAGUGUGUGUUUUUAUUUCAGUAAUUGAAACAUUGUACAUUUUU